CUUCGUCCUGGAAAGGAACUUGAAGGAUAAAGCACCAUGGAUCUAAUAUACAUUCCCGAAGACUUAUCCAGCUGUCCAAAAUUUGGAAAUAAAUCCUGCCCUCCCACCAACCGCUCUUUCCGUGUCCGCAUGAUAAUGUACCUGUUUAUGACUGGAGCCAUGGUUAUCACCAUCUUUGGAAACUUGGUGAUAAUCAUUUCCAUAUCGCAUUUCAAACAGCUACAUUCUCCCACCAACUUUCUGAUCCUCUCCAUGGCAACCACGGACUUCCUGCUGGGUUUUGUCAUCAUGCCUUACAGUAUGGUGAGAUCAGUGGAGAGCUGCUGGUAUUUCGGAGACAGCUUUUGCAAAUUCCACGCGAGCUUCGACAUGAUGCUAAGCCUGACGUCCAUAUUCCACCUGUGCUCCAUCGCGAUCGACCGGUUUUAUGCAGUGUGUGACCCUUUGCACUACACCACCACCAUGACGGUAUCCAUGAUCAAAAGACUGCUGGCUUUUUGCUGGGCAGCCCCAGCUCUCUUUUCGUUUGGUUUAGUUCUGUCAGAGGCCAAUGUUUCUGGUAUGCAGAGCUACGAGAUUCUUGUUGCUUGCUUCAAUUUCUGUGCGCUUACGUUCAACAAAUUUUGGGGGACCAUACUGUUCACUACUUGCUUCUUCACUCCUGGCUCCAUCAUGGUUGGUAUUUAUGGUAAAAUUUUUAUUGUUUCUAGACGACAUGCUCGAGCCCUCAGCGAUAUGCCUGCGAACACAAAAGGAGCAUUAGGGAAAACCCUGUCUAAGAAAAAGGACAGGAAAGCAGCUAAGACCCUGGGCAUCGUCAUGGGGGUGUUUCUAGCGUGCUGGCUGCCUUGCUUCCUGGCUGUUUUGAUUGAUCCAUAUUUAGACUACUCCACGCCCAUCAUAGUGCUCGAUCUUCUGGUAUGGCUCGGGUACUUCAACUCUACUUGCAACCCCCUCAUCCAUGGCUUUUUUUACCCGUGGUUUCGGAAAGCUCUUCAGUUUAUAGUGUCAGGAAAAAUAUUUCGCUCUAAUUCAGACACUGCAAAUCUUUUUCCUGAAGCACAUUAAGGAAACAAACCAGCCAAACAAACAAACAAACCAAACGAAUGA